AUGGAAGUGAUGGGAACUACGGCGAAGAGAAAAACGCCGGUUCGACUGAAUGUCUAUGAUAUGUAUUGGCUGAAUGACUACGCCUCCAACAUCGGUGUCGGCAUCUUUCAUUCGGGCAUCGAGAUUUUUGGUGUUGAAUACGCAUACGGAGGUCACCCGUACCAAUUCUCGGGAGUCUUUGAAAACUCGCCACAAGACGCCGAAGAGCUCGGCGACACAUUCAAAUUCAAAGAGUCGAUUGUCGUUGGGGAGACGGAUCAAAGCAGUUCAGAAAUCCGUCGUCUCAUCAAACAACUCGGCGACGAAUUCCGCGGCGAUCGCUAUCAUCUGAUAUCUCGAAAUUGUAAUCAUUUUAGUGCGGUGCUCGCGCGUAAACUGACUGGAAAAGAAAUUCCCGGAUGGAUUAACCGGCUGGCGAAUCUGAGUGGAAGUAUUCCGUUCCUUGAGAAAUGUAUUCCACAGGAAUGGUUGACUCCGAUUGUGUUACAAGCGUCUGUCGACGAGAAGAAGCGAGGAUCCGUCGAUUCGGCUGAAGAGGCGACAGAGAAACUUGUGGUGAGAUCGUUGAAUGACUCGCGUACGACAAUAAUCGAUAAUCGAACCGCCAAUGGUGCCAUCAUAAUGUCAACGUCCUCAUCAGCAAAUUCUGAUCGUAUCUGUAUGUCUCCAUCAUCUUCUUCUUCCUCUUCAUCUUCAUCUUCCGCCGCCUCCUCCUGUGAUACACUUGAAUACGACGAUCGUCUUAUCAUGAGAACCUCCUCAUCCCAAUACCCGAAUGAGAAGAAGUCUCGAAGCAACUCACCGCCCAUCUUUCGCUUCUGGAACACUAUCAAGAAUACGAUUAACGGCGGUGCGGCGCCACUGCCGACUGGUACCGCGACGGUCAUUCCGGCGUCGGCGGCGUCGAGUAUUGGGAAGGCGAGCAGUCCGAGUAAUGGGACGGGUAAUGGACUUGGAGGAGGAGGUGGAGGAAAGUAUUCUUCUGAUUGUUAG